AUGGACAACAGUUUCGAUAUGGAGCUCUUCGGAGAUCUAUUCGACUUCGACGGUGCCGCCAACGGCGCGCCAACCGUGCCUACGACGGUCUGCCCUCGGGACCUUGAGCUGGUCCCCAGCUCAAUCGACUUCUAUCAGGAGCUGGAGAUUCCGCCCUCUCCUAACUCCGAUGGUUCGGUCACUUCUGAGGCACCCACCCCAGGUAGCUCUCAAGAGCUGGAGUUGGAGCAGACAUCUCCCGACUCUAAUGGCCCUGGCACUCCUCAGCAGGCCACCACACCUACCGUUCAAGAGGUGGAGUUGGCCACGACGUCCGACUCCAACAGCUUCGCUGCUAGUACGCCGACUUCAGAUUCUCCCCAGGACGUCCGGAUCAGUGUCGAGAAUACCGAUUUCACUGGCGAUGCGGCUGAUGACUGGAUGAACCCUGAGGUUAUCUACCUGCCCACCGGCCCGGACGGUGCCGCUUCCCAUCAGCCAACGUCCUCUGCGUCCAAUAGCGUUGCUGCUCGUACGCCUUCCGAGUCUCCUGAAGGUCUCCAGAGCGGUCCCCCGAAUCCCGACGUCAUUGGCACAACGGCUCGCGAGUAUAUGAGCGCUCUAGAAUCUCGGCUCUUCUACGAGCUCAGCAACUUCAAUGCUUCUGUCCCUCAGCAGCACUCCACGUCGUCAGAUUCCGGUAUCAUUCCCGCUGGUAUGCCUACUUUGGGCUCUCAAGGCCUCCAGAUCAGCCCUUCGACCACGGCUCUCAAUGGCACUGCUGCUGGUCAGUGGAUGGGCUCUCAUCAAGGCCAGCCCUUCUGCCAACCCACCAACUUCUCCAACUUCAGUGGGACUGGACUGGCUCCUCAGCAGUCGGCCCCAGUCACUUCUCAACAGCCGGAGUUCAUGAACGCAUCUACCGACUUCACCAACGUCGACUUCAACGACUUGACUGACUUCAACAACGUCACCGAUUUCGACUUCUCUGACCUCAAUAACUUCACCAACGCCGGUACUAGUCCGCUUGAUGCGACUUCUGCUCAAGGCCACGAGCUCGCUCCGCAGCCUACCCCCUUUACGCCCGUCGAUAUCCAAGCCGAGAUGGCCAAGAUUGAAGCCGAGAUGGCCAAGCUGGACGAGAUGCAUAUGCCGUCGGUCACGGCCAACGAGGACGCCCUCAAGGCCCUCAGCGCAUCUGCUGCCCAGCUCACGACGCCCAAGAAGAAGAAGUCGCCCGUUCUGACACCGCCGACCACCACUCCACGCAAGCGCUCAGCAGAACCAGCCGUGAACAGCACUCCUUCCAAGCGCCCGGCUGGAAAAGCCGUGAACAGCACCCCUUCCAAGCGCCAGCGCCAGCGCCAGCGCCAGACCCAGGCCCAGGCUCCGCCGACUCCGACCCGCGAGUCCGGUCCGAUCUCUCGCAUCUUCGGCAAUGCCUCGUCUCCGGACCAGCAACAGGCCAUGCAGGAAGCCCUCCUGGCUACACCAGUCGCUACGCCCGUCCGCAUCAACCCCGGCGAGACCCCAGCCAAGCUCGCGCGUACCCUCCAGCCAGCUGCUGCGCCGGCCACUCCGGCCCGUCCGACUCCGACCGCGACCGCGCACGAGCGCCCGAUCGAGGAGCUCAUGGCGGCUAACUUCUGCAGCCUGAGCAGCGAGGAGAAGGCGCGUCUGCUUGUGCCGAUCCUGCACGGCAAGGACCCCGUUGAGGAGGAUCGGAGGAAGCGCACGGAGGGAUACGGCACGAUCAGGCAGCGCGAGGCUCUUGUCAAGGCAGCCCAGCAGCCGGGUGGACGCAGGAAGCGCUAGGAAUGAGAUUUCCGAGAUUGGUUGGUUGGUUGGCGACUAGACUAACUGGUCAUGCUCAUACUUUUGGGAAAUGCCUCUCG